GGAUAGCCAUAUCGACUCAACGAAGGCGUGGCAGCAGAGCUUCAUCUGCAUCCAAUAGCCAUUAGCUCAAACUAUUGCCAUAUGGCUUCCUAAAUAAAACCCGACAAGUAGUGGCCUUGAUGGCUCUCUCUUCCCAUUCAUCAACAUCCAACCAUAACCGCAGGGUCAAUGGACGUAUGCUGUGUUCCUGAGCUUCCGGGGUGAAGACUCACGCACAACCAUCACCGAUCACCUCUACCACGCCCCGAAAGAUGCAGGGAUUAACUUGUUCCGGGACACUGAAGGCCUCCAGAGAGGGGAGCACAUAUCGUCGCGAAUCUUCGAUGUGAUCCGUGGCUCCAGGGUCUCUGUGGUUGUUUUCUCCAAGAAAUAUUCCCACGUCGAGCUGGUGCCUGGAGGAGCUCGCCACCAUCAUUGAGUGCAGGUGCCCAGGCAGACAUCCGGACAAUUGAUCUGUCGAACGUGCGAAAGCAGGCAGGGAGCUUCUUGGAAGCUUUCUGCAGGCAUGAGCAGAUGUUCGUGUCAGAGAAGGACAAGGUAGCAAGGUGGAAGGAAGCAGCCACAGAGGCCGGGAACUUGUCAGGAUGAGAUUUUGGAAACACGAUUGAUAUGUCCCUCAUUUAAUUGGAAAAUCCUAGUUCCAUCACAAGUUCAGUUUUAUUCAUACUACAAACGAACUUUGCUAUCUAUAAUCUUCUCGUUCGAGUACUUCUGUGAAUAUUUUUCUGUUUCUGAUAUGAUACUGGAGGCAUGAGGGGAAGACUAUUAAGACAAUUGUACGCACGAUAUUGGAUGAACUGAACAAGACUCAGCUCGACUUGGCAAAGUACCCAGUUGGGCUCGAGUGCCGUUUACAGGAACUGAGUUCACUACUUUAAGUGGCCGCUGACAAUGAGGUUCGUUUUAUUGGGAUCUGUGGAGUGAGUGGAAUCGGCAAAACAACUCUGGAAAAGGCAGCCUACAAGCGGUUCUUCCAUUCUUUCCAGGGCAAAUGCUUUCUUGCAGAUGUAAGAGAGAACUUCAGUAAGCCCAAGGGUCAAGUUCAUCUGCAACAGAUAAUCCCUGCAACCUUUCAGUCAGCACGCUUUCACGAAUUGCUGCCUUGGGGAAGAAUUCAUGGAGCUUUUGGAAGAUAUGGUGAGUUACUGUAAGGGGCUGCCUUUGGCUGUCCAAGUCAUGGGCUCUUUCCUACUUGAUCGAAGCGUGGAGGAAUGGAAAAGUCCGUCUGAAAGAAAUUCCCCAUAACCGGAUACGGAGGCAGUUGAGGAUAAGCUUUGAUGCUUUCAGGGAUGAAAAAGGGAAGGACCUGUUUCUAGACAUUGCCUGCUUCUUUGUUGGGUUUGAUAAAGAUUAUGCGGUGAAGAUGUUAGGUGGGUGUGGUCUAUUUGCAGAACUCGGGAUCAGCAUCCUUUGAAGGAGAUGCCUUUUGGAAAUUGAUUGGAAUAAUAAGUUGAAGAUGCAUGAUCUGAUUCGGGACAUGGGAAGAGAAAUUGUUAAGGAGAGGUGUCCUAGCAAUCCCGGAAAGCGUAGCAGGUUGUGGUUUCAAGAGGACGUACUUCUCACUUUACAAAAUCACCUUGUAACAGAGGAAGUUGAAGGAAUCGCACUAAAUUCACCGGAGUUGAGAACAGUAAAGGUAAAUGCAGAAGCAUUUGUGAGAAUGAACAGGUUGAGGCUCCUGCGGCUCGAUAACAUGCAUGUAAGUGGAGAAUAUAGACACAUGCCUAAGAACCUGAGAUGGCUUUAUUGGCAUAAAGUUCCUUUGAGCCAUAUCACGGAUGACUUUACCAUGGAAAGAUUGGUUGUGAUUGACUUGCAGUACAACAACCUCAGAGAAGUCUGGAAGAAUAGUAAGUUCCUAGGACACUUGAAGGUUCUCAAUCUCAGUUAUUCAUCUCUCCUAACCCAGAACCCGGACUACUCGAAGCUCCCAAAUCUCGAGGAACUGAUCCUGAGAGACUGUUCAAAGUUGGCAGAGGUGCAUUCAUCGAUCGGGUGUCUCGAGAGACUUGUCUCGCUCAAUCUUAAAAACUGCAAAAGCCUCAUUGAAAUUCCAAGUAGCAUCUGCAGAUUGAAAUCCCUGAAAAUUCUGGACAUCUCCAGCUGCCCAAACAUCAACUGGUUAUCUGAGGACUUCGGGGACAUGGUAUCCUUGACGGAGUUUCUUGCUGAAGGAACUGGAAUAACACGAGUUCCAUUCUCUGCCACACGUCUCACGAACCUGAUGAAUGUAUCAUUUAGUGUCUGCAAGGAGCAGAUGACUCGAUCCAUCUCUUCUCUUAUCUGGUCACUGGUCUGGCCAAGGUCCGCCUCCAGAGCUAAGAAUGUUCAGAUUGACUGCUUGUUUCAGCUAAGGUCGUUGAGGACGCUGAGAUUGGCGUAUUGCAGCCUGUCUGAUGAAUCAAUCCCGAAGGAGGGUCUUGGGAGUUUGCAGCUUCUAGAAAAUUUAGAGUUAAGUGGAAAUUGGUUUUCUAGCUUGCCCGACACAAUCAGGGGUCUCCUGAGCUCAAGAAACUUGUAUUGGAUGAUUGCACAAAUCUCAAGUCACUUCCAAGCAUGCCCCCAGGUUCUUCUGUCGUGUCGGCAGUUAACUGCGUAUCAUUGGAAAGCUCGAGCAAUAGUACGCUUGGAAUGGUGCGAGAACAUAGCUGGAGAUGCGCAGGAAAAUUUCAUGCUAGGGGUACUUUCUUUUAUCCACAAACUUUUUUGUGCAUUCCUCUAUCAAAAUUUAACUCAGGCUCGCGGGUUUGAUGUUUGAACUCCACAACCCAAUUACAUGUGAACCCUGCAGUAGAGAUGUUCACAAUGUACUAUACCUAUCAAGCUCUCAAAAGUCCUUCCAGCGAAGUCAUUAUGAGUUUUACAGUGUUAAUUGUAUGUAUGCGAAUAACCAUAAACUUGAAGAAAGUUCAAAGUGGGGGCUACCUUCUCAUACUUUUCUUCUAAUUUUCUCUCUUGGUAAUCAUGUACAUCCAAUCGAACUUGUUCUUGCAUGAUGACAACAGGUACAAAGCGGGGGAAUACUCCUUCCAGAUAUCUGACAUCCCGGACUGUAUCAAUUACCAGGGCAGCAAGCCUUCAAUAUCGUUCCAAAUGUCUCAUUCGCAGAAUGCAGGCUUAGAGGGGUCACAGUCUGUGUCAUUUAUUCCUCUGACAAGGACAUGCUAGUUGCAUCGCCUUCGAUAUCUUACAGGGUGACAGUCAGAAACAGAGGCAGGACAGUGGAGCUUAUCCAUCAGACAGGGAAAGGAGGAGAUGACAAGGAGAUCCAUUAUGCAAUUUCUGGGGAAGGUACAGCAUCCCAAGCGUGGCUAGUCCACUUGCCCCGCCAGGUUGUUUUCCGAGACCAGAUGAGCUUGGAGGGUGAGGUUAAGCUUGAAGCAGAUAGCCUGUGUGUGGAGCGGAUAGGUAUCAUCUUUGGGUGCCAGGUUUGUCUUUACUGCCACUUUGAUUGCUCUACAGGGAGGGAGGCACCUCUCAUGACACAACCAAGCAGCUCCACCAUCAUGCCUUUGUCGUGGUCAUCGUCGUGUGAACUCAACUUGUUCCAGGUGAUGCCUAGUAGGUUGAAGCAUACACGUGUGCUGGGUGACUCUGAAACUGAGGGUCAUGAAAGAAAACUGAAACGUCAAUGAUAGCAUCACAUAAUUCUUGUGCUUUUAGGAAAAAAGUUCAUAAAUUGUGUGACGUUGGAUCAACUUUUUAUGGUGCAAAUCCUACAUAAAAAGUUGAUCCAAUGAUUUAGAGACGGUUUCUUCAAGGACUGAAGAAGCUCCUCUUCCUUUUACCUCACAAUUUUCGUCUGUUACUUUUGUAAGUUCCGAUUGGUAUCCAUAUUUUAACUGCGCCAUUUCAAUUCCAUUUCUCGCUUGGGAUCCUUUGCUCUUAUUCACCCUUCUAUCAUUAGGUGGUAGGACUCGUAUGCCCUUCUGGAGCAUGUACAGUAAACUUCCUGUUGAGUUUCUGAUUCCCUCUGUGAAUCGGAAUGCUGCUAUGCAAUAACAUUCGGAUUCCAACCCAAAACAGACAUGGAUAUUGAUAGAAGUGAUCCAUAUCAUGUUGCACUUGCUGUACUGGAAUUCACCCGAAAUGUACAAUCUCUGACAAUCUCCGAUAUGGAAGUGAUCCAUAUUGAUGCAUUAGCCGAAAAUAAUGUUUUGGGAAACCACUGUGGAAGAGCUAGGAUUGGCUGUUGAAUUUUUAUAUUUACUAGCAAAUGAUAUAUAUAUUUUUUCUACUGUAAAGGGAUGGUCAACUAACACAAAAACAAGCUAUCAUCAUUUUCGUCGA